GGUCUCGGCGAGAUGUUUAGUCUUAUUAUGACUGCGACAAAAGACGGUUGUUGCAAAUAAACGUGGAUUAAUUCGUUCAGCGGGUGUGUGUUAAGCGGCCGGAUAUUUGCGAGUUUUCCGAAACAUUUUGACUUUUUCGCAUCGCCUAUUCGUACGCCUGUUCCGCAUCGUUUUCGUUUUCGUUUUUUUUUUUUGUUUUUCGGUUUCGCUUUUUAAAUUGCUUAUUCGGUUAGCAAUUGAACAGAUAGAUAGAUAGUCGCGCGCAAAUACAAAUUCAAUUUGACGACGACGGUUCCGCGACCUACCACUAAACGCGUCUCCAUUUAUUGGACCCAAUGGCGCAUUGGUGUCGUCACCAUUGGAUGUUAGCCGCGAUGUGUUGGAAUAUUAUUUGGCGCUGCUCAUGAUCAAAUACUUUCUGUUACGCUCAUAACGGGUCAGCAAUAAAGUUCUAAUUAAUUAAAAUUAUGAAAUACAUACAUACAUACAUACAUAUGCAGAUGUAUGGCUAUGUAAACAAAUAACAUUUUUGUUGCUCUGUUGCACAAAUGAUAAAUGUGGUGCCUUCCUGUAACGCAUACUUUUACAAGCAUUAAUGCAAAGCAGACAAUACCUACAAUAACAACAAUAAAAUACCAUCGUGCGCCUAAAUUAAUCAGCAUUUCGGAAUAUGUGUGAACUGCAAGAAUUUAAGGAAAUUCGCGCAAUAAAUUUUGUACAAUAUGAAAAUAAUAUAUACAUACACACAUACAUACGUAUAAUGAAUGUGACUACAAAUAACUUAAACUAAAAAUUAAUAAUUACACAAAAAUCGAUAAGGAGUCAACAAAUAAUAUUAUUAGUGUGUUAGUGUUUGUUAAAAUGUAUUGGUUUCUAUAAAACAACAAAACAACAAGAAAGGUGUAUAACUGCGCGGGCAUACUCAUAUACGCAUCAUCAGUCGAUAUAUAGCGUGUGUUCAUACAUACAUAUGUACAUGUAUAACGUGAAUGAAUUCGGCUCGUACGAAUAUCGUCUACCCCAAGGGCAAUAAACCUACUAUUGCAUGCGAUAUCAAUACAUCACAUCACAUCACUUCGCAUCGCACGGGGUCAACGACAGAGUGUGCUGCUGUUUAAACGUUGCCGCCGCGCGAGUGAGAGUGUAGCAGAGUACGACCUCCGGCGUCUCCUUACGUCACUGCCACCGACACCGCCACUGCCACUGCCUGUGCCUGUGCCGGAGACACCAGCUACAAGCAACCAGCAACCGAAGCGACUGUCACUGCCGUAUUAUUACUUUGGUUGUUACUGUUGUUGUUGUUGUUGUCGUUGCAUUCGUCACACCGCGCUACGUUACGUAUUUACAUUUGCGCUUGCAUACAUACACAUUCAUACAUACGUAUAUGCAUGUGCUGAAAUUGCCUCUGUUUUCGCGACGCUGCGCCGCCUCCUGUGAGAUCUCUGCUCCACCGCUAUCAAUACUGUUGUUGUUAUCAGACACGAAUUCACGCAUUGACAAUAGCAGCAAGUGUGCAAUGGAUAAAUAAUGCACAUGACAUAAUGUAAUGAAAGUAUAGAAACCAAUACGUAAUGUAAUUAAAAAAAAAAACAAGAAAAAACUACAAAAUAAUUAUUUCGUCUCUUCGCAAUAUCAUUUGCUGUUCGCUGAUAUUUGCAUAUAUUGAGGAUAAUGGCUCAGCUAAAGGAGUGAAUCUUUACUUUCUCAAAAGUUUUCAAUGAGCUCACGUUUCAAUGCUGGGUUAUAUAAACUUCUAUAAAUGCGUCCCCGAAGAACUAAGGUGGGAUUUGUUGAUGUUAAUGGCAAGACUUUACAUAUUCAUGGAAUUCGAUGCAAAAUAAAAAUGCCAAUAUAGCAGUGUUAAAAUUAAAAGAAACCAAAUAAACAACAAAAACAACUAAAACUUACAAUUCCAUAACUAUUUGGAAUAAAUCAUUUGUUAACAAAACACCAAAUUAACCAACGGUAUUCGUCGAUAAUUUAAAGUGUGCUUUCGCGGUUUUGAAAGGUAUGAGCUAUGUGUACAGGCGGUUAAGAACAGUUUGCAGUUGUGAAGUCGUAAAACAGAAAAGCGCGUAAGAAAGCACACAAAAACUUUUAAAUAAUAAUUUGUUUCUUUUUAAUCAAAUAUACAUGGUGUAACCACUCAAAAACGACUGAUUAACUGAUAAUGUAUAGAACAGCAUUGUAAAAUAAUAUUAAAAAUUAAAUUAACAAAUCGUUAUCCAACACUGCCUUUUUACAGAGAAACGAAUAACAAAAACAAACUUCGGCGCGUUAAAAAAUUUAAUAUUUAAUAAUUAAUAAGACAAACCGACGUUUCGAUAUCACCAAUCACUGUUUGGAAGCCCUGUUCUUAUAAACAUUCGGUAAAUUUAAGUAUUUGAAAAGAAAAAAAUCAAAAACACAAAAAUUAUAGAAACUCCAAAGCCGUGAUAUUAGAUAUUUUCGAUUUUUACUAUAACAUAUAUAUACACCGUAUACAAUUUAUCGGAAACUAUAUUCGUCCAAAAUUUUUAAUAGUUAUACAUUAUACACUGCGAAAUUACGGACUAUUUGUACAAAGAAAAUAUUAAAUUAAGAACGUAAUUUAGUGAUUAGCCUGAUAAAUAAUAUAAAUUCCGUCGUAAGUAAAGUGCCUCCAAUUUCUACAAAAGAAAAACAAAUAAAAAUUAAAAAUUAAAAUAAAAAAGUAGUUAAACAUAAACUAAGAACUGUUAAUAUAAUAAUUAAGUGCUUUAGUGAACACAGAGAGAGAAGAUAAAAGUAAAAUAAAAUUACCUUAAAGUGCAAUAACGUAAAAUAAUUUAACGCUGACACGAACCGUCACUGCCUUACCAGCCGAAUCGGUAGAAAACCGAUACCGUUCAGCGCAGCUCUCUCUUACCGACUGACAGAAUACUUUUCACGAGCGUGGCACACAAACACACGCUGGCACUGGCGGAAGUUUGCAGUGGCUCUGCCUUAUCGGCGAUGCCAUUUAUCGAUGACGCACUACUCUGGUGUCCGGAUAAUGAUGGCCGUAUGGUUGGUGGCUUAGAUAUCGCUCCAUGCAUGCAAGAGGAAGCCGCCACUGGCAGCAACAAUGAGAAUGGCAACGAAUCUACACAACUCGAUGAACGCAACACGGAGCUCAACUCACUUGAACCGCUCUGCACUGAGUCUUCCGAUGAACUAUUCCGCCAAUUGUCUGAAAGCAAUUUCGAAAUCGAGAGCUUACUGUCGGACCUGGCCACAGUUGAGGUUAAAGAGGAGAACAACAACAGCAUUGGCGAACAAGUAGUGGCCGAUAGUUUCGUAUCGUCGUUGGAGGCCUCAGCUGUUGUUGCCAAUGGUGUACUUAGCCCUGCUUGCGCUAAUACAAAUGGUUCGGCGGGUGGUGGAGAUGUGGGCAUAACGAUAGAGGGUGCUGCCGAGUCCACAUUAUUAGCGUUAACUUCACACUGCGAAUCGCUCACUGCGAAACCGUUAAGCCAAAGUCAAAAACCAACAGCGAAUGCGCAUAUUGGGCGCCGGGAGGACCUAAGAGGCAGUAAUUCUUAUGUAAGCAGCAGCAGCAGCAGCAGCAGCAAUGAGAAUGUGACGCAUGCGCAUGAGGCGAAUGCGCGACGCUUCUUAAUUGCAUCCAAUCCGUUGCUUGCCGAAAAAUUACUGGCCAAAAGCAUUAUCAACACAGACAGUAACAACAGUGCGCCGCUGAAAACGACCGAGUUCGAUGAUACUGAAAUUCCAGUUAUAAAGCAAUCAACAAGUCCAGGUCCUUUGUUGACACACCAUCAACAUCAUCAUCACCAGCAGCAACAACAGCAACUGCAACAGCAACAGCAACAGGCAACGCAUCAGCAAGCACAGAGCAAUACAUACGCGGGAUCUCCAAGUGUUAUACACAUAAAAGCCGAACAAAACGUUGUACUUUCUCCACCACACCUCCAGCAGACAGCCCAACAGCAACAGCUUGUUAAUGGCCUGUCACAGCAUGGCGGCCCACUCUCAGGGUCAGGUGCAAAUAACCAGCUCCAACCACUAGCCAUACCACACCGGCCAUUGCUACACAAUCUGCUGAGUGGUGGCUCGAUACACAAUUCACAUCAUAGAACGUAUGGAUCAGCUACAACCGGUUCCUUUCCGCCAAGCCCUGCCGAUAGUGGUGUCUCUGACGUGGACAGUUCUAGCUCUGGUGGUCAGCCGUGCAGUGAUGAGAUAAAAGCGCGGCUUGGCAUACCGGCCCAUUGUCACCCGCAUGCGUCGCAUAUACCGUCAGGCACGUUUCUACAUCCCAAUCUCUAUCAAAAUUCAGCGUCCUUACGGAACAUAUGGAAUCGAAGUGUUGGAAUGCCCGAUGGUUAUUACAUGCCACUAGGGAGCAGCACUAGUCCAUCCAAUAAUGCGUCGGUGAGUAGCAGCAGUGGCCCGAAUAGCGGCGCAGUCGGCACUCUGAAUAGUGCAAACUCAGCAGCGUACUCCACGUCACCCUACUUUACAACUCCCUCCCCGCCACGCGCUAAUCCCGGUCUAACGCCACAUCAUUCCCUGCACGCACACCAACAACACCUACACCAUCAUCAGCAUUCCACGCUAGCGAAUAGCCCAGCGAGCGGGGCUGGCGGUGUGCUGCAUCAAUCGAGUGUGAUUCAGCCAACAACGUCCAAUGUCAACUAUGAUCUCUCGUACAUGCUGGAGCUUGGUGGUUUUCCACAGCGCAAAGUGAAAAAACCACGAAAGCCCAAAAUCGAAAUGGGUGUAAAGCGACGCAGCCGCGAAGGCUCCACAACAUAUCUGUGGGAAUUCCUGCUCAAGCUACUGCAGGACCGCGAAUACUGUCCACGCUUUAUUAAAUGGACCAACCGUGAGAAGGGUGUAUUUAAGCUGGUGGACUCAAAAGCGGUGUCGCGACUAUGGGGCAUGCAUAAAAACAAACCGGAUAUGAAUUACGAGACAAUGGGACGUGCAUUACGGUACUAUUACCAGCGCGGCAUACUGGCGAAAGUAGAUGGCCAGCGGCUGGUGUAUCAAUUCGUGGACGUGCCAAAGGAUAUUGUGGAAAUCGAUUGCAAUGGAGUGUAAAAGUAUUGGAUGUGCACGCAUAAACAUAAAAUAUGUAGAAAAACAUUUUAAGCGCUGUGCAUUCCAUAAAGAACGCAUCACAUCACUUUCAAAUGGAUUUCAAGGAAUGUACAAACAGUAGAAACCUGCUCGAAAUCGCAGCCAAAUUUCGGAAAUGCAAUUCUGCUUACACACACACACACACACACACAAUCUAUAUAAUAUACGCGGCGUACAGCAGUUUUUAAGGAAAGCAAGGAUGCAUACUGUAAAGAAUUUGUAUUUAUUAGAUCUUUUUUUAUGUUAAUAGUAGUUAUGGUGAAUUAUAUUGUAAUUGUGUGUAAGGCUCGCUAAAAAUUAACUGUAUAUUUUAGAUACACAAUGAUGAUGCAAAAAUUAUUAAGAAUUAUUAUAUAUAUUUAUGUUUAAGAACAGAUAUGUUGAUUACAAAAAUGUUGUAAUAUUUUCAAAUUGUUAUUAAUGAUUAGUGAAAUUAAAGAAUGAUAAGGAGAAUGAUGAAAAUGAUCCAAGGAUCAACUUUAAGUAUAAAUCUAUAUAAAUAUUAUAUAUAUAAAUUGUAUGUACAUGUAUGUCUAGCUAAAGCAUAUGAAUACUAUUAAUUUGUUUUUGUUGCUUAUUUUAUAGUAAACUCGUAAUGAUUAUGGACACACACAUAAAUAUACUGUAAUAUUAUUAUGUAAUAUACAUACAUAAGUCAUGAAUGUUGAAAAUUAUUAACACUAGUUUUACUGUCCGUCAAAUACUAUGCCUACAAAUGUUUUCUUGAUUUUUACUGAUUUUUUUGAGUUUGCUAAAUUUUCUACAUAGAGAACAGUAACAAUAACAGCAACAACAACAACCACAAAUGCAUAUUACUCUCAAUAUGCACGCUGCUUAGCUGGGAGUUGAGAAUUUCUCUCAAACCAACACAUUUGGUUGCACUGAUUAAGUCGUUACUUGGGUUUCCUCGCGUUUCCUCGCGCAAGAAACGAACUAUUUUCAUAUUUUUUUUAUUUAAAAAACUAAAUAUUUUAUUAAAACUUUUUGUUAUUCCAAAGUUGCGAAUUUUAUAAAGUUUUUGAGAAAUUUUCAAAGUAAAAUAAUUUUAAAUUUUCAAAAUAAAAGUCAGGCAUUGUGACGCACACGGAAAAGUGGCCGCGUUGACCUCUGAACUUCUUACAGGAACAUCAAAAGUAAAAAGAAAAAUAUUUAUUUUACUUAAAACCAUAAACUAGCCGGGUAUUGCACGUAAGAAAAUCAAAAAAGUGAAAUUUGUAUCUUUGACAGCCAUUUAAAAGUUUCGGGAUUUUUUUUAAGUUGUAAUUGAAAAAUUCUUCGUUCGAGACCUUGUAAAUUAUAUUGCGAAGACCUUCAAAAUUCGAUUGAAUAGUUCGCGAGAAUUCUUGACAAACGACUUUGAAAAGACAGUUUGGAGAGAGAGCUUCAAGUGACUAAAAAGAACACAGCUUCGAGAGAGUUUUAAAUGACUAAAGACAACACAGUUUCGAGAGAUAGUUUUAAAUGACUAUAUAGCUGACUUCAAGCGCGCAACUUUUCAAGGCAGUAUCUCCAAAACUAUUACUCGGAUCAACUUGAGCAUUUAGGACAAACUUUUAUAGCAUUCAAUAAAACAAUAAAAAACGAUUUUUUUUGCAGCUAUGAAACCCAUGUAACCACUUAAGUACUACAAUUUAGUAUGGAUUAGAAAUGAUUGCCAAUUCGACUCGAAAAAUACUGGAUAUUAGAGUACAAACAUAUCCAAUUGGAAUACAAAAAAAAACUUGCAACCAGUUGCUGCUCUAAAUAUAUUCAUAUCACGUAAACCGAGAUAGAGCGCAUAACUUCAUUUCCGCUUUUCAUAGAAUCGUUUCAAAUGGCAGUAGUACAAAUUAAAUGAGUUAUUGGACACGUGUGAACAUAACUUUUUAGAAAGACAAGUUGUGUAUAAACAAGUUGAAAUUGAAAUUGAAGUUGUAGUUGAGUUGAAGUUGAAGUUGUAGUUGAGUUGAAGUUAAAGUUGAGUUGAAGCUGAGUUAAACAAAUAUGUUAAACGUGUUAUAGGGAGAAAUUAGCGACAUAACGGUGAAUUGAUGAAACGAGCAAUAAGGAUACAAAAAGUUUGACGAAAAUGUGGUCAAUAACUGAAAAAAAAUUUGGCAAGAUAAAUGUGAUAAAUCGUGAUAUUGGAAUUUUUAAACUAAAUAUUAAAGAUAUGGAUGGAAGUUAGCUGAAAUUUGAACUAAAUAUUAAAGAUAUGGAUGGAAGGUAGCUGAAAUUUGGAGACGUUUUGUGUGAAAAGUAGCAUAGCUUAGAAAGCAACGCAUACAUAUGUAUAUUGAGACGAGAGCAGAAAAUGGAUGAGAAUAAGCAGAUUUUGUAUUACUGAAAUUUACAACUUUUUUCGUGCUGUUGUUGUUGUUGUUAUAUGUGUAUGACUCUUUUAUUUGUGAAAUAUAAUUCGAUUUUUCUUUUUAAUUUUUCUUAAAAAAAUGAAUGUAUUUGCCUUUUUGUUGGACUCGAGUUUUUUAUUUACCGUCAAAUGUCACUGCCGCAUGCAAAAAUAGCAGUAAUUGUAAUUUUUGAAAAAAGGAAACAAAA